ACACAUUUGUGGUUCUUUAUUUACUUUGUAACCCAAGAUUCCAACCACAAAUCCUGAUUUAGAUGCCAAACAACAUACAAAUUUAGGUUGGUUUGCUACUGAUGUACAAAGGACAACUAUACCAAGGGACUAUACAAGAAUGUACACAAUAAAGGAUUUUUGUGUUGGUGCUGUUAGAAGGAGCAAAGCAGCUGUAAGAGUACUUGUAAUGGGAGAAGAUUCUGCUUGUGUCAAAGAUUCGUCAUGCAACAAUAAUAAAGAUACAGAUGUUACAGUUGAUGCUCAGCUAGAAGUUACAGACGAUGGUGAUCAACAUAAGUGUAUCAAAUGCAAUAAGUUUACUUUUCAGUGUGUUGCUCUUCAUGGAACUUGUGUUGAUAUUCAGUUGUCCACUGAGUCAGCACAGACAAAAACUGAAAGGCCUCUGACAGUUGAAGCCUCUACACAGACUCUUUCUACUCCAGUCAUAACUUCAUCAUCCUUACCUGAUCUUGUAAGUUCUGCGCCAGUGAGAGCUCAAGGACCACCUCCGCCCCCACCACCACCACCUCCUCCACCCCCACCAUUACCGAUAUCAUUGGGAAAACCGCCAUCAUUAACCGCUGUCAAAAAGAAAAAGACUGUAAAGAAAAGAAAGUCUGGAGGGUUACCACAAGCUCCUGAAAUAACUGCUGAAGCUUUGAAAACUGUCAAGUUAAGAAAACCAGAAGAAAGAGUGUUGAAGUCUGUACCCCAACCCCAACCAAAUGCUAGUGGAAGUCCGAUGUUUAUUUUGCAGAAACAUGAAGUUAAAAAUCAGAAAAUUCAUGCUCUUUCAAAGCCUAACCAGAAUCCGAGAAAUAAAAUUGUGAAAUCCUCAUCUGCUCCAACAUCACCUAAAUUUCAUAGUCCAACCACUGGGUCACACCAAAAGGCCUGUACAAAGGCUACUAAGAGUUUAAUUGCCCCACCUAGUAUCACACUGGAUACUUUAAAGAGUGUUUCACUGAAGAAAUCUGCCAGUAAAUCUCCACAGAGGAGCACUGCUAAUUCAAAAGAGAAUUUUGAAUGCAAAGCUGGGGAAACAAUUGAUUUUAAACAAUUCUUAAAGAGAACAAGGCUUGCUCGCAGCCCUGGUGGCACACCAAUGCCUAGCAAGAGGAAAAAACAGCCGACAGAAGAAACCACAAGUUAAUCAACUUUUAAAUACAGAUUUUCUAUCAUAUAGUCUUUUGCAAAUUACUUUCAUUUUGAAUAAUAAUGUGGCUAAUGAUUGAAAAUGUACCAACUUAUAAUAAAAGGGAAAAGAUCAUGAUUAUAUUGUAUCUAAAGUUUUAUCCACUGGAAGGUUAAAAAUGUUAAGGGGGAGCUAAAUUGUUUUUAAAAGUUGUAUCAUUGCUUUCACUUUUAAUUUAUUUCAUAUUCAAGAUUUAUAUUAAUAUGCUUAACCGGAUGAUUAUUUUACAUGUUUUGUCUUUCAAAUUCGUUAUGUGGGCUUUCUAAAAUGUAAAUUACUUAUGUACAUAAUAUUUGUAAAAUGUUAACAGAAAUUUAGGAAUUUAAUGCUAAAAAAACUGUAUAGCAAAUUCUGAACAUAGCUUAUGUAGGAUUGUGCUGUUUCCUACGUAUGUUUUGUUGAUCCUUAUUGCUUUUAUUUUAUAGCCAAUCCUUUUAGCCCACCUCAUCUACCAGAUCACUAGGUAAAGGGGCAUAACUUUAUGCUAUUAUACAUUUUAUUUUAACCACAUGCAUUUUAAACCUUAAAAUCAAAUCAAAAUAUAAAUAUAUAUAAAAAUGAAUUUCUUGAACUUAAAUAAAAUAAAAGUUAGGGAUAAAUGAGUUAUGUUUAUGGUCAUUAGAAAAUUAAACAAUUUAAAAAUAAUUUCUUCCAGUAUUCCAAACAUUAAACCUGUUUGCUUAUCAAUAUUUUGACAUCAGUUACUUCUAAAAAAUGCCCACUUUUUAAGCAGAAAGAUAAUUUAUAACAUGUAUAAUAUAACCACUGUGUGUUGUUGGCACAUUAUUUUAUUUCAUUAUCAUUGUCAGUAAAUAUUUUACCUUGUCUAUGUACAUACAAGUCAAAUA